GCCUGACCAAUUCCCAUGAGAUACUUAGCGAAGGAGGCCGGCAGUAUCCGCGAAGUGGCCUUCGGGAAAGGCGCUUUACUUCAGUCGUUUUCCGCUUUUCAGUCUGGCUCAGAAGUUCACAUGGCUUCUCGCGAAGGGGGCGAUGCGGUCCUGUUCAGACGGGGGGGCGGGCAGAGUGAUGAUUCUGAUAUAUGGGAUGAUACAGCCCUGAUAAAAGCGUAUGACAAAGCUGUUGCAUCUUUUAAGAAUGCCUUGAAGAAUGGUGACUGUUCAGAGCCUUUGGACAAAACUGAGCAAAAUGCUGGAACAAAAAGAAAAAACAAUAAAAAGAAUAAGAGUAGAAAGAAAAAUAAUGCUACAACACAAAAACAGUGGAGAGUUAAUGAUGUAUGUAGCGCAGUUUGGUCUGAAGAUGGCAAUGUAUACCAAGCAACUAUUACCUCAAUUAACUGGAAGAAAGGAACUUGUGUAGUAGUUUAUACUGGAUAUGGUAAUAGGGAAGAGCAGAAGUUAUCAGAUCUUUUACCACCGAUGGAUACUGAGGGAACUAAUGAAGAGAAAAGUGCUGCUGAGAAUGAAAAUGAGACUCAGUAUUCAACGGAUGAAAGUGACUUUUCCUUCCGGUCACCUCAAAGCAAACACAACCAUACAAAAUCAGCGCAGUGGAACACCCACUUUCCUCGUCCAUCAUCACCUUCAGCACAAGGAUCAGAAAGGGCUGGAAGGAAAUUCCCUGGGCCUCCACCUUUCUUAUCAGGCUGGUCUACACCAUUUCCCUCAGGACCACCGUUGAUACCACCUCCUCCACUUCUUAGUUCAGAUUCACCUGAUGAUGAUGAAGCUUUAGGAAGUAUGUUAAUAGCUUGGUAUAUGAGUGGCUACCACACUGGCUACUACCUGGGUUUAAAGCAGGGCCGAGCGGAAGCUUCUGUGGGAAGACACACUCACAUGAAGUAAGUCUGGUGAAUAUUCUGGACAGAUUGAAUAAACAUUCAGAUAAAUUCUGAUAACAUGCUGAUUCUUAGAGUCAAUUUCCAACAUGAAGACUUAUCUUCACUGCUAGCUCCACAGCAGCAUUAUCUUGAUGUGUUCCAUUUUGUAGUUGUGGACAACUGCAAUGACCUAAGUGAAAAACUGUGUUCAUGCACGGACUAUCCAGGAUCCAGGACUAGAACAACUCUUCUGUCAGUUAAGGAAUGGUUGCUUACUAUCACCCAACUGGUUUGAAAUACUGGUCAAUAAAAUUAACCUUUUCCAAA